GCCGCGGUGCUGAACUCCGCAUCCCUCUCCUCCUCUUCUCCCACCUCCUCUCUACAUUGAUGAUAUUUUGAAAAAGGAUUAACAACCUCCCUUUUUGGCUGCUUAUAGGUUGCAAACUUCUCUGGGGGACAUCUCUCUCUCCACACAUCGGGAAUAACACUCAACCAGCCGCGGAAUUGACCGGAGCUCCAGAUUAUUAUUAGUAAUAGUUUGUUGAGAAGUGUUGCUUCCCUGCGUUCACCGCCAAUCUCGCUUGGAUUAUCCUCCUGGAUGGUUUACGUUUGGACACACAGGAAAAGACCAAUGAAGACAGCCAGAUGGUGGUCGGCGGCAAUUCUACUGUUGGGGCUCGCUGUGCUUGGUGCCGACGGGAGACCCAACAAGGAAGGAUUCAGGUCGCCGGCCUAUCGACCUGUCGUGAGAUUCCGACACAAGGAUGGGAUCCCAGAGAGCUUGAGGAUAAAGGGUUUUAUGGGACACAAUGGCUAUCCAGGUCCAUGUGAACAUAAGUAUUGUGGCUUGGGGCGUCACUGUGUUGUCAACCAUGAGACUGGUCAAGGGGACUGUAAGUGUUUGGAUCACUGCAAACCACACUAUAAACCUGUGUGUGGUUCAGAUGGGAAGCUGUACCAGAACCAUUGUGAGCUCCACCGGGCCUCUUGUCUCAAAGGACACAGAAUUACCAUCAUGCACAGUGAGGAGUGCUUUUACAAAGAUGAUAGCUGCAGACUGAGUGACUACCGUCGGCUGAAAACCAAGAUUCUGGAUUUACAUGACAAACGAUACAUGGGGUCUAAUAUCCAUGGAGCCCACAAGGACAACAUGGCUGCCAGGAAGCAACUGGUUGAUAUGAUGUUCAAACGCUUUGAUGCAGAUAACAAUGGUAAAAUAGAAGCCAACGAACUCUCACAGGUUAUCAAGCAAGAAGGUCUGUCCAAGGAUGUCUCAGAGUGCACAUUGUUCGACCUGCUGAAGUACAACGAUGUCAAUGACGAUGAGCACCUGACAAAAGAGGAGUUUUACACAGCUUUUGAUGUGUACCUGCUCACCCUUCCAGAUGACCAGAUAGUGAGCAUCACCACUCUAACAGUUGGCCAGAGCGCCGUGUUGACUUGUGCCAUCACAGGGGAGCGGAGGCCUCCUAUACUGUGGAAGAGAAACCAUCAAUAUCUGAACUCCUUGAACCUGGAAGACAUCAACGACUUUGGGGAUGAUGGCUCGCUGUACAUCACCAAAGUGACCACGACCCACAUGGGCAACUAUACCUGUCAUGCCGACGGCUACGAGAAACUUUAUCAGACCCACACUCUUCAAGUGAAUGUUCCUCCAGUCAUCCGAGUGUACCCAGAGAGCCAAGCGAGGGAGCCGGGCGUCACUGCCAGCCUGCGCUGCCACGCUGAGGGUAUUCCCAGUCCUCAGUUGGCAUGGCUGAAGAAUGGCAUGGACAUCACAACCAAGCUGUCCAAACAGCUCACCCUGCAAGCUAAUGGAAGCGAGGUUCACAUUAGCAAUGUGCACUUUGAAGACACUGGUGCCUAUACCUGCAUCGCCAAAAAUGAGGCUGGCGUGGACGAGGACAUCUCUUCGCUAUUUGUGGAGGACUCUGCGCGCAAAACUUUGGCAAACAUUUUGUGGCGAGAAGAAGGUCUCGGCAUUGGCAACAUGUUCUAUGUGUUCUAUGAAGAUGGUAUUAAAGUCAUUCAGCCUGUGGCAUGUGAGAUACAGCGACACAUUAAACCCAGUGAGAAGCUGCUGGCUCUGCAGGAGGAGGUGUGCCCCACCUCACCAGGAGAGGAGGUUCAGAGGUGUGUGUGGUCAUCAGCGGUCAACAUCAAGGACAAGUUUAUUUAUGUGACGCAGCCAACCUUGGAUCGAGUGCUCAUAGUUGACAUCCAGUCUCAGAAGGCUGUCCAGACGGUCAGCACCGACCCUUAUCCUGUGAAACUUCACUAUGACAAAUCUCACGACCAGGUGUGGCUGCUCAGCUGGGGAGACAUGGAGAAGAACUUCCCUACUCUCCAAGUGAUUAAUCAGGCCAGUGGAAGAGUCUCCCACCACACUGUCCACACACAGCCGGUCGGCAGGCGCUUCGACAGGGUGGACGACUUCUUCAUUCCCGCCUCCAGCCUUAUCAUUAACCACAUCAGAUUUGGCCUCAUCCUUCAUCGGAAUGAGCCUGUUCUCCACAAGAUCGACCUGGAGACGACGUCGUAUGUGAAAAACAUUAGCUUACGGGAGUAUAACUGCAUCCCCAAGUCUGUCGCCUACACCCAUCUCGGCGGCUACUACUUCGUCAACUGCAGGCCUGACUCCACCGGCGCCACGCAGCCCCAGCUCGUCCUGGACAGCGUGACAGAUAGUGUGAUCGGCCAAAACCGAGACGUCACCGGCACUCCAUACGUGUCUCCAGACGGCCACUACCUGGUCACUGUCGACGACGGCGACGGCCUGAUGAGGAUCCAGGUGAUCUCAGAGCGAGGGGAGAUCAAGGAGCCCUUCGACAUCCACACCAACCUUCACCUGUCCGACCUGGCCUUCCAGCGCUCCUUCACGGAAGUCCACCAGUACAACGUGUUCGGCAGCUCCGGCCGCCAAACUGACGCUCUGUUUGUGGAGCUGAGCACCGGCAAAGUCAAGAUGAUCAAGAGCUUGAAAGAGGCCACCAAGUCGUUCGAGUGGCCGUGGAGCAGUAGGAACAGGGUAAUGGCGGGCAGCGGACUGUUCGGACAGUAUCUCAUGACCCCGUCCAGAGAGUCCCUCUUCAUUCUGGACGGACGGCUCAACAAGCUCAACUGUGAGAUCACCGACGUCCCCAAAGGCAACGUAGUGGUGUGGGUCGGGGAGUCUUAGGUCGUAACAUCGAGACCCAAUGAGCUUUCCUUUCCUCAAAGGUACUGUUGCACUGAAUUCUGUUGCAGAGUUUUUAAAUUUCAUGGGAGCGCAAUAGUGAGUACCACAGAUUCAGAAACCAAAUUGACCAUUUGUGAAUCCAUUGGAUGAGGGACUGUCGUCCACAAAAAAAAACAAAACAAGUAAGCAAGUAAUUGAUUGAUUUUGUCUUCAAGCCAAGUAAAAAAAAAUGUUUAACUCAACAUAAAGUUGCUUACUGGUAACAUUUUUCCGUAAAUACGUGCAACUUUGCAUUAUUACUCACAAUCGGUUGUAUUCAGUGUGCAGGAAUGCUGUAGAUAAUCUCUGACCAAAACUAAUCUCUAAGUGAAUUGGCAGAAAUCAAUAUACAUACUGUAUAUGUCCAGAAUAACUCCUGUAAUUUAAGUUUACCCAUCCCCAACUUUUUCCUGUGCCUUCAAGGAAAAUUCCCCUCCAUCAGAGGAAUUAGUGUAAUCAUUCCUAGUGUGACUGCAGACUGCACCUCUUUCUUUGACCCCCUCCAUUCGUGGUGAAACAAAUCCACCGCUCUCGUCUCUCCGUCCGUCCAACGCCGCCGACUCAGUCUAAUUAAAGUGAGCCCUUGCUGUGAUCCCAAUACUGCUUGAAGUGCAGACUGAGACUGAGUGGUUCAUUAUGGUUGUGAGAUCUGUAACCUUUGAUCUGAAAUUAUAACCAGCGUUGGAAGGUUUUGAAAUAUAUCUAUAUAUCUAUAUAUUUAGAGAGAGAGAGAUUUUUUUUCCUUUUAAUCCAAAGCAGAACAAUGAAAAUCGGUGGCAAUGCUAGUUAAAUUGUACCAGCUUUACUUUAAAUUUAAAAUGUUCCUUAGCAAUGAGCACUCGUGCUUGAAAGUCCUAUCAUAACUUCAAUAUCCCUGGACCAAAAGAAAAGAAAAGCAUCUUAGAGGGUAAUAGAAUGAACUGUGGAAAACAUGCAUUGUCUGCUCUGUUUGACGGCGUGUUUCAAGUGGCUGUGUUAAUGUGAAGUAACGAUGAGCUAGCACACUGGGGAGAGGGGUAGUUGUGGCUGUAUUGUGUAGAGGGUCUUUGAGGAUAGGCUUUGAAUUUAAGAAACAGCUCUUUUUCUGAAAUCUCCUGCAGUAGUUACAUAGCUGGCAAGUCAAUGAAACAGAUUCCUAGCUGGACACAUUUCUAUGCAUUUUCACCCUGGCACUCGAUGACUCUGUGAAUCACAAUGGGCAACUGUAUCUCAAAUUUAGUACAGACUUUUGAUGUGUACAGAUUAUAUAAAGUCAUUCUGUCUUUCCUGUUGAAUCUUACGUAUAUAUUUUGGUUUUAUUGUAAUUUCAUCCUUUCUGUUUGCCCGUCACGUUGUUUUUCCGACCUUUAAACCUGACUGUACUGCUGAUGAUGACCUCUGACCUUUCUCUCUAUUUAUGUUCUGUACAUAGCGGCCGACUGUGAGACCAUUAGUUUCCCAUCCAUGUACAGAUUCACGCAGGUUCUGUUCAUUUUCCGAGCCAAUAAUCACACUCCUUUUUAAGAAAUUAGAAAAAACACACAGCUGUCAUUUUCAACAUCCUGUACACAAGCACAUUGUGAUCACAAACACCGCUUCCACCUCCAUAUAGCCAUGUCUUGUAUGUUCCUUCAUGUGAUUGUUAUUUAUAUAGACAAAACACGCUUGUCAUUUUACCCAAUAAUAAAAACU